GUUAUGCAAAAGAAGGUAGUUUAAGACAACAUUUAAAUAAUAGAUUUAAUUCAAUGAAAUGGAAAAGUAAGUUGGAAAUUUUAGUAGAUAUUGCAAAAGGCCUCGAUUCUAUUCAUGAAAAAGGAUUAAUUCAUCGUGAUUUUCAUUGUGGUAAUAUGUUACAAAAUGAUGGUUAUACUUAUAUUACUGAUUUAGGAUUAUCCCAACCAGCAAAUGUUUUAAAAUCUUCUCAAGAUGAGUAUAAAAAAGUAUAUGGAGUAUUACCUUAUGUAGCGCCUGAAGUUUUAAGAGGAAAAGAAUAUACUCAAGAAAGUGAUAUUUAUGCAUUUGGAAUUAUUGCAUAUGAAGUCUGUACAGGGCUUCCUCCUUAUCAUGAUAUUGCACAUGAUGAAUUCUUAGCUAUUAGCAUUUGUCAAGGGCUUAGGCCAAAAUCUAAUUAUAAAAUUCCUCAACUAAUUUUGGAUAAAAUUGAACAAUGUUGGAAUUCUGAUCCUUUAAAACGACCUAAAGCACAAGAAUUACGUGGAUUAUUACGUAAAUUAAGAAAUUCAUAUGAUGAUGAAACCAACAAGCAAAUUGAGGAAGCAGAAAGAAUUAAUGAAAAGUUUACUUCUACUUCAUUACCAUAUAAUGGUACUUACUCUUUCAUAUACUACAAAUCCUCAAGCAGUUUACACAAGUAGGCUUUUAAACUUUAAAAACCUACCAGAAUCAAAAAAUGCUAUUGAUAACAAAGUUGAUGUUGGAGAAUAUUCAGAAUCCAUAGAAGCAAUAGAUUUCACUAAACUCAACCUAGAUGAAAACAACUAAAGAAAAAGAAAAGGAAGAAAAUUUACAAAUAUUCUGAAUAUAAAUUACAUUAUUUGUAUCUAUUAUUUACUAUUUUUUUUUUUAUUACUAC